UGAUAAUACAAAGUAAAUCAGUAAGAUAAAUCAGUGAAUGAGCGCGUGUCUGUUUGUUUGGUUCAUAUCAUAUCAUAUCAGCAUCUCUUGGAUUAUAUAGCAUCGAUUUUUUUUUCUUUCUGUCUUGCUGGUUAUCCAACUGUUUUCUGUCAUUUUCAUUUUUUCAUUUUUGAUUCACGGACACAGUUCUCUGGAACCUUGUCGAAAAAAAAUACUCAGACGCAAUUCUCAAAUCAAUUUGAAUAAAUAAAAACACUGAAAAAAAAUCAAGGUGACCGUUUUUUUUUGUCUACGUUUUAUAUUUGCUCCAUCAUCAUCAUUAUUUUCGGGUUUUUGGUUUACCCAAAAACAUAGAUUCUGCCAAAUCGAUUCAUUUGUCUUCCGUUUGAAAACGCACACAAACACACAAAAAUGUAUCAUCCUUCGAUUCAACGAUCACUUCGUUCGAUGUUCAAUGGUCAUCAACGAUCAAUAAUUCAACGAUUAUUAUCAUCAUCAUCAUCAUCGACGACAACAAAUUAUGUACUAAAUGAACCAAACGAACCAAAAAUCAUAACCAAUGAAAUACCUGGCCCAAAAUCACGAAAAUUAAUUGAUGAUUUAAAUAAAAUUCAAAAUGCAGGUGCUAUACAAUUGUUUGUUGAUUAUGAAAAAUCCAUUGGAAAUUAUCUGGUUGAUGUUGAUGGUAAUACUUAUUUGGAUAUUUAUAGUCAAAUAUCAUCAAUACCGCUUGGUUAUAAUCAUCCAGCAUUAAUCGAGGCGGUUAAAGAUCCAAAAAAUAUAUCAUCAUUUAUUAAUCGUCCUGCACUUGGUAUACUACCACCAAAAACAUUCAAUGAUCAAUUACAUUCAGCAUUACUUUCAAUUGCACCAAAAGGUUUGAAUGAAAUUCAAACAAUGGCAUGUGGUAGUUGUUCAGUUGAAAAUGCAUUAAAAGUUGUUUGUUUUUAUUAUCGAACAUGGCAACGUGGUCAACCACCAACCGAAGAAGAUAUGCGUACCUGUAUGACAAAUGAACAACCAGGAAGUCCAAAAUUAAGUAUCAUGUCAUUUAUGGGUGGUUUUCAUGGUCGUACAUUCGGUGCUUUGAGUUGUACACAUUCAAAAGCAAUACAUAAAGUAGAUAUACCUGCAUUUGAUUGGCCAAUUGCAAAUUUUCCACGUUAUAAAUAUCCAUUAAAUGAUUAUUUAGAUUAUAAUCAACGUGAAGAUGAUCGUUGUUUAACAAUGGUUGAAGAACUUAUUGAAAAAUAUAGACAUAAUGGUAAACCGGUUGCCGGUAUGAUUAUUGAACCAAUACAAAGUGAAGGUGGUGAUUAUCAUGGUUCAAAAUAUUUUUUUCAACAAUUAAGAAAAAUCUGUACAAAAUAUAAUGUUGCAAUGGUUAUUGAUGAAGUACAAACUGGUGGUGGUCCAACCGGUAAAUAUUGGGCACAUGAACAUUUUGAAAUGGAACAACCACCUGAUAUUGUUACAUUUAGUAAAAAAAUGUUGAUUGGUGGUUUUUAUUAUCGACCAAUGUUUCGUCCGGAUAAACCAUAUCGUAUAUUUAAUACAUGGCUUGGUGAUCCAUCAAAAUUAUUACUUUUAGAUCAAGUUGUAAAAGUUGUACGAAAAGAAAAUCUAUUAAAACGUAUUGAAGAAACGGGUGAUUAUCUUUUAAAACAUUUGGAACAAAUACAAAAUCAAUAUCCAUCAAUAUUGAUGAAUGCAAGAGGUGUGGGAACAUUUUGUGCAAUUGAUUUUUCAACACCGGAAUUACGAGAUCAAGCAAUUCGUAAAUUACAUCAAAAUGGUGUACAUUGUGGUGGUAGCGGUACGGCUACAUUACGUUUUCGUACAACAUUAACAUUUGAAAAUCGUCAUGUUGAUCAAUUUGUUGAACGUUUUGAUCGAACAUUACGAUCAUUAUCGAAGCAAUAAACAACCCAAAAAAUCAA